ACUGCCUCAUUUCUGCCACGUAUGUUCCCCGGCAGUAAUUCCUGUUGCGUAAAGAAAAGUUUUAUAAGUACAAAUAAAAGUUGAAACAUAUUUUUGUCUAGUGAUAACUUCAAAAUACGCCUUGUUGAUAAGCUUCGUGCUUAUCUUACCUUGGAAGAAUGGAGGGGUUAUCAACUUCCGCCUUUCUCUCCUUAUCCAUCAUCUACCUCAUGGUCAACUAUGUCCGCUCCGAACUCUCUGUAGAGGAAUGUAAAGGACUCGGUUUCGUCAAGAACAACCUGCUUUGCUCAUCCUGCGCCUUAUUGCCUCAAUAUGAUUUGGAUAUCCUCAAGAAACACUGCGAAUCUUGUUGCGUCCAAGAAACUUCAGACUCCACGAAGGACGAAGGGAGUGCAAAAACUGUCAAGCGCUAUCCAAAAGCGCGUCUUGAAGUGUGUGGAUGAAAAUUGGCAAGCUUCCCACAGGUCCAAGCUUUCGUGAAAAGCGACCGACCGGGGAAGUUUCCAAAUCUCGAGGUGAAAUACAUGGGAGGACAAAUGCCCCAAAUUAAACUCCUCGAGGGCGACGAUUCCGUCGCCGAAACGUUAUCCAUCACCAAAUGGGACACUGACACGAUUGUUGAGUUUCUACAAACAUAUCUCGAACCUCCAGCCCGAGAUCCGAACGAUAUCACGGAUGAUGAUGACGAUGACGAUGAAAAUAACAUUACAAAGAAUGAACUUUAACUAAAUUCAUUCAGACUUAUAUUGACAAUUAUAGUUUAGUUAUAUUAACAAAUUUAUUUUGCACGAGACAAAAUUUUCCUAUAACAUGGGGCCACUUUAUCAUCCGCUGAAGAAGCAGAAUUCCAAGCCAGCUUUUAUGAAGGCGUCACCCUAAAAUAGUUCCAAUCUAUCGGGUGGUGUUGGAUUUUUUUAUAACAAUAAGUUGGAAAUUUGGAGAUCUGACAUAUUUAGUAGUGGUGCAUGGGAGUGACCCUUCUGUUUAGCGGAAGAGUUUGUUUAGUGUGACUUGUAUUCUGUUUAAUAAAUGUAAUAUUUUGAAAUGCAAAA